AUGGGUUAUAUGAUGGUGGAUUCAGAAGGAAGUGCAGGAGGGUUGUUGUGUAUUUGGAGGCCACAAGUGUUUGAGCUAAAAGACUGCUGCAGUAGUAAGCACUUCAUUCUACUCUCAGGUACCUUGGCUCAACAUUUUGAUUGUGUAAUUGUGAAUAUAUAUGCUCCAAAUGAGGUGUCGGGGAGGAAGAAGUUAUGGGAUUCCCUUGUGUGCUUACAACCCCAUUUUCCAAAUCCAUGGUGUGUGGGUGGUGAUUUUAAUGAAAUCAGAUUAUUGAGUGAGAGGAAAAGGUGUUCAAGAAGAGAGAGAGGGAUGAAGGAGUUCAAUGAGUUUGUGGAACAGUUAGAGCUGUCUGAUUUGCCUAUGUUAGACCAUUCUCCAAUUUUGUUGAAGGAAGAUGAUAGGGAUCGGGGUCCUAAGCCAUUCAAAUUCAUUAAUGCUUGGACACCGUAUCCUAUAUUCUUGACUGAAAUCAAGCACAUUUGGGAGGUCACACAGGUUUCAGGAUGGGCAGGGUACAGAUUAAUGAGGAAGCUAUCCUCCUUAAGGGGUCACUUAAGGGUAGAAAUUAGAUCUCUGGAUGUGCUGGAAACAACAAGAAUGAGAGAGGUUAGAAGUCAGGUAUGGAAGCUUAGUAGGGAUAAGGAAAGAAUAUGGCAUCAAAAGUCUAGAUUGUUGUGGGCUAGGUGUGCUGAUAGAAAUACUAGAUUUUUCCAUCUUAUGGCACGUAGUAGGCAGAGAGUGAACUUGAUAGAUUCUGUGACAGUGGAGAGAGUGAGACAUGAGGAUCCAACUCAGGUGAAACAAGCAGUGCUUAGUCAUUUCAGAAACCAUUUUGCUGAAAGUUGGACUUCUAGGCCACAAAUUUUUGGACCUUUUGUUACAAUUUCUCCGGAGGUAGCAGUGGGUUUAGAAGCAAUGUUUACUGAAGAAGAGAUCUGGGCAGCUAUUCAGGAUUGUGAUGGGAACAAGGCUCCUGGCCUAGAUGGUUUUAACUUAGCUUGCAUUAAAAAAUGUUGGGAAAUAAUGAAAGGUGAUAUAUUGCAGAUGAUGUAUGAGUUUCACACAAAUGGGAAGCUGGCAAGGGGUGUUAACAGUUCUUUCAUGGUGCUCAUACCCAAGAAGAACAAUCCCAUAGGCUUGGGGGACUAUAGACCCAUCAGCUUGGUUACCUCGGUGUAUAAGAUUUUGGCCAAGGUGCUAUCUAGAAGAUUAAAAAAGGUCCUUCCCUCUGUGAUAGAUAAAGUGCAGUCGGCUUUUGUCAGUGGUAGAUAUAUCUUAGAUGGGGUGUUGAUAGCAAAUGAAGUUGUGGAUUGGUAG